CGGGACCGGAGCCGCUGUCAGACCCGCGGGAACCCACGAGCACCCGGCGGCUUCUAAUCCUCCACGUUAACGAGAAAGUUGUUUGUUUUUUUCCGCUUCAUUUCAGGACAGGUGUUUGUCUUUUUAACCCUGUAUCCAAUCCAUCUACAUUUUAAUCUGAAAGUGGGAUCCGUAUAAUGUUUUAAACCCCCCUGCGAUAUGUGUCGCCUGUUGAGAAACUGCAGAUACAGUUCGCUAGGAAUUACGGAUUAAGUCGGACAAAGAAAUGUUUUGGCCGGUUUUCAGUGUCGAACAUUUCCAUUUUACUGUGCGCUCUGUGUAGAUGAGGUUUACAUUCUCAUGCAGAUAGUGUCUUCUGCGUUUUCUUUUUCUGUCGGAGCACAAUUGUGUCGUCUUUUCACUCGCUCGGCGAGACGGAACUGCUUUUUCUGGUCACCAUGGCAGUCUCCCCUUUCUGUCACAAGCCCUGGCGGAUGGAUCCGACUCGGCCCGCCCCUUCGGCAGCCGGCGGGGAGUGCUGCGGCCCGGCGGCGGCGGCGGCGGAGGGAUCUGCGGCGCGAGGGCGAGGGAGGAACGGUCGCAAAACAAAAGAGGCGAAGCGGCUCCGACUCGAUGCCCGAGCGCGCGACUGCGAGCGAGCCGUGUGGGGCGCGUGUCGGUCCCCCGUGCGAGUCCGAGUCCUAGGGAGAGCGCGAGAGCAGCCCGCGUGGAAACUUUCAGAGCAGAGAAGAGGAGUCGAACAGCCCCCCCCGCCCGCAGCCCGGCGGACCGGCCCCGGAGAAGCCAUGGAGCGGAAAAGGUGGGAGUGCGCGGCUCUCCCCCGGGGCUGGCGGAGGGAGGAGGUGACCCGGAGCCCCACAGGGAAGAAGUUCCGCAGCAAGCCCCAGCUGGCCCGUUACCUCGGCAACUCCAUGGACCUCAGCUCCUUCGACUUCCGCACAGGGAAGAUGCUGAUGAGCAAACUGACCAAGAACCGCCAGCGGCUGCGCUACGACACCAGCAGCCAGGCCAAGGGCAAGCCCGAUCUGAACACCUCCCUGCCGGUCAGACAGACGGCCUCCAUCUUCAAGCAGCCGGUCACCAAAGUGACCAAUCACCCCAGCAACAAGGUGAAGACUGACCCCCAGAAAGCCAUCGACCAGCCCCGACAGCUGUUCUGGGAGAAGAAGCUGAGUGGCCUGAGUGCCUUCGACAUCGCGGAGGAGCUGGUCAAGACCAUGGAGCUGCCCAAGGGCCUGCAGGGCGUGGGGCCGGGCUGCACGGACAAGACGCUGCUGUCGGCCAUCGCCAGCGCCCUGCACACCAGCGCGGCGCCCAUCACGGGCCAGCUGUCCGUGGCGGUGGAGAAGAACCCGGGCGUGUGGCUGAACACGGCGCAGCCCCUGUGCAAGGCCUUCAUGGUCACGGACGAGGACAUCCGGAAGCAGGAGGAGCUGGUGUACAGCGUGCGCAAGAAGCUGGAGGAGGCCCUGAUGGCCGACAUGCUGGCCCACGUGGAGGAGGCCUCCGGCGACGGAGAGCUGCUCAAGGAGGAGGAGAACGAGGACAUGGAGGAGGACGAGGGGUGCUGGAGUUCGGAGUCGGGGGUUCCCCAACGCCUGACCAGCACGCCGCCCCAGAUGGCCUGUUACCCCCUCACUGCCCCGGACUCCAUGAACCCCCCCCACACACACACAGCUCCCCCAGGCCUGCCCCCGCAGCCCCCGCAGCCCCGGACUGGCGCCCUGGGCAGGAGGCUCUCGCGGGGCCGGGGGGCCGCAGAGCCGGAGCAGCCCGGCCCGGGAGCCUCGCUCUGGAGCCGCCGCCCGAGCGGGGUUCCCCUCCGGCGCGCAGGGUCGCCCCGAGACCGGCGCGGGGACGAGGACGCGCUGCCGCGGACGAGCCCCAGCGCCGCGCGCUUCCUGUCCCAUACCAGCAUUUUGUAA